AUGCCACAGCUUCGACGGACGGCAUCCCCCGGGUCGAGGUGUACCCGCAAGAAACACUUGGAUCAUUUCGCCAAGCAAUAUUCGAGUCAAAGCAAAUGGACCCUCGUGAUUCAUUAUCUUCGGUCCACGGCGGAGGCGAGCUUCGGGUCUGCUGUGAGGCAUAUCCGCACCAGAAAACACAAGUCAGCGGGCCCCAUGAAGGCGGUUGCUGGCAUGGAAGAUAACUCGACGUACAUGUACUUGCUUCCGGCUAAUGUCAUGCUCUCAUGCAUGUCAACGGCCCCUCAUCAAAUGGUUCCAGAAGCUGGCUUGACGUCGUCUCUGAUUCGCGGGCGCCGGGGCUCAUGA